ACCGGAAGUAUGUUUUUAUACGUCGGAACUUGUUCAUAGCCGCUGCACCGUGGGUAUGUAGCUGGCUGUUUGUGCAGGAGAACAUCGAUGUAGUUCAUGCUGGGAUAGCAUUUAUUCAUUCGAUUAAAUAUGGUAAUGUGAUGCUGUUUGUUUACCGACCAGGAACUAGAUGCUUAGUCGUAUAGGCAAAUUAAUACAUCUCGAGACUGAGAAACUAAGACUGGUUAACUAGUGCUAGCUGGCUAAUAUUGUGGCUGCUCCUGGUUGUGGGUAGCAAGCCCGCUAGCUGCGUCGCGGAGGAACUAUUUCAUAUUUAAAACAGUCAGACUGUUGAAAUCGCGCACAAAGAAUCGGUGCUUAUUUAAACGAAGGUCUAAGUUGUGACCGACUGAUCGUGUUUUUGUUUCGAACAAAUGUCGCCAGUCAUAACAUUGCCUACUAGGUAGCUAACUGCGUUAGCUUAUAAAAGAACAAUCAACGCCAUUUUCGCCCCCACGUCGUUUGUUUGUGUUGCUUGCCAUCUAACGUGCUAGUCUAUAAAGCUAACGUGGCACUUGUUGCUGAUUUUUUUAAAACCUAGUUAUUCACCAUCUGUCUGUAUUCAGACUACAAAUUAACUAGUAAUCGUUAAAAGACAUUUCGCGAGUUAUUUGUUCAACAACUCUUGGGCGGAAAAAUGGACGAUUUCAGUUCAAUCAGUCUGUUUUCCCUGGCAAUGUUGGUGGGAUGUUAUGUGGCUGGAACCAUUCCUUUGGCUGUCAAUUUUUCAGAGGACAAGCUAAAGCUGGUGACAGUGCUUGGGGCAGGGCUGCUAUGUGGCACUGCUCUGGCUGUCAUUAUCCCCGAGGGAGUCCAUUCACUUUAUGAAGAGGUGCUAGAGGGAGGACACUCGGCUCACACGCUGAGCGAGGGGCCGGCCGGCCUGGAGCCGAAGGCCGCUGCGGACGAGUCGGUGGUCGCCGGUGGCGACCAUGCCCACAGCCACGAGCAGCUGCACGCCUACAUCGGGGUGUCGCUGGUCCUGGGGUUCGUCUUCAUGCUGCUCGUGGACCAGAUCGGAAGCUCCCACGUGCACAGCACAGAAGACCCAGAGUCCGGGAGGGCAGGGACCUCAAAGAUCACCACUACCCUCGGCCUGGUGGUCCACGCUGCUGCUGAUGGGGUGGCACUCGGUGCUGCAGCCUCCACUUCCCAAACCAGCGUCCAGCUCAUCGUCUUUGUGGCCAUCAUGUUGCACAAGGCCCCAGCGGCGUUCGGCCUGGUCUCUUUCCUGAUGCAUGCUGGGCUGGAGAGGAACCGUAUCCGCAAGCACCUGCUGGUGUUUGCCCUGGCCGCCCCCGUUCUUGCCAUGCUCACCUUCCUGGGCCUCAGUCAGAGCAGUAAGGAGGCCCUGUCGGAGGUGAACGCCACGGGAGUGGCCAUGCUCUUCUCAGCCGGGACCUUCCUGUACGUGGCCACGGUUCACGUCCUGCCUGAGGUGGGCGGGAUCGGCCAUAGCCACGCCCCCAGCGGAGGAAGUGGCGGGAAGGGACUGAGCAAGGUGGAGGUGGGGGCGCUGGUGCUGGGCUGCCUCAUCCCGCUGGUGCUGUCCAUCGGACACCAACACUAGGGGGCGCCCUGGAGCCGGCAGCGAUGGCAAGGGGCUUUCAAGAUGGCGGCGAAGAAACUCAAACCACACAGAUUUAGAACGUUUGUUGCUCCUCAGUGGGAUCACGUGAUUUGUCGAAUUUGUCCUCGUGGUUCCGGGACCCUGAUUGCGACUGGAACCGAAAUCCCCUGCCCCGCCUCCUCAGAGAGAGCGUAGGGAGAGGGGGAGGUGGGGGCGGCAGAGCUCAGUUUGUUUCCGUGCAUGAAUAAAGACCCACGCAUAUGUGCACACGGUU